AAAUUUUAAAUUUUAGUGUGGCUCAUUAAAAAUUAUUUGUGUUGAUAUUUUAACUACACGCUCCCAGAGAAAUCGUGUCACCAUUUCAUAUACAUUCAGUCAAGCUUAUCAAAAUCGGAAGUGUCAUUGUGUUCCAAAUAUUCGAGGGAUAAACAUAACACAGUUAUACAAAACAAAAUAAAAAAUAUAAAAAAGUUUUAAAAGCAAAAAGCUUAAAAGUACAAAAAAAAAAAAAAAAAAACUAAACAAUGACUUCAAUAGUACAGAAUCUAGCCCCUCCAACUACCAUUGGACAGGCCUUACCACCAUGGAUGAAGAUCGAAUGGCCCCCAGAGGUGGAGCAGGGCAUAUACAAAGACUGGGGAGCCUAUUACUCUCGCAGGCGUAGGGAAAACUUUGCCAUGUACUACUAUGACAAGGCACUGAACCUUGCCCCCGGGGAUUUCGUGACCCUGUAUCAUCGCAGUCAGAGCAAGCGGAAGACUGCGCAAACCGAAGGAGCUCUCAACGACAGCUACGAGGCGAAAAAAAUUGUGCAAGGAUUCAAUAUUGAAAAUGCGCCUAUCAAUCUGGAAAUAUGUGAUGCUCUCUAUGAAUUGAAUCAGUUUGAAAAUGCAAAGGCAGAGCUGCAUGACAAUAUGCGACUGUUCACGGGCAACAAGACAAAAGCCUUCGAAAAACGACUUAUUGUGGUGGAUGAGAAUAUUAAAGACACUUGUGGCGAAGGACUGAGUCCGUUUAUUUCCGAGAAUGAAAAGCUAAUAUUCCAUGUGAAGGAACUCCUGAAUGCACAGUCCAUAGUAGACUCUCGUCCAUUGUGGAAAAUCUUAAAGGAGCAGGGGAAAUGUGAUGUCCUGAGUAUUCCCGACAUAGAAGAAGAAUUGUUGUCCCCUCUCGAAGUUGCAAGAAGAAAGCGAUGCUUCGAUGUAUUUAACCAAGUGUAUAUGGACAAGUCUUGGAUUGAUGUGCUAUUCCUGAGAAACUUGCGCAAGAACCCAAAUCUGCUUUUAGAGCAGUGCAAAAACUCAAAGGACUACUUAAGCGCCUUAACCACAAAACAGUACGAUGUGGUUAUGAAAUUCUUGAAAAUGCUUCAAGCUCGAUGUCCACUAUACUAUGUACGAUACAUCAAGUACAAGAACAAGAGAAUGUUGACAAAGUUCCGUGAGGACUACUUAUUCCGGAUUCAAUAUCAGACUCGUCGUAAUAUGAUUUCAGUCCUGAGGAGCAUUCGACAUUUACGUGAAACCAAAAAUGUUGCGAGACUCUCCAAAUACGUUGAAGAGGUUAUGGGAGACUACGUGGUGUUGAAAACACAUCGCAUAAUGCCAUGGAAAUUUGAAUUCAUGAACGAAGUCUACAAUACAUUGGCUUUGGCUCUCGUUGAGCAAUAUAAAGUGCCGAAACACUUUAAGCAGAGCGAGAGAAAUGCUCUACUUAAGGUAUUGCGUCUUCCCACUGACAAGUCAAAGGACUUUCUUACCUUUGUGUUUGGUGAUCGGUCCACACAUCAAGAACCCGACUUGGUGGAUCCUUCAAUGAUUAAAUCCAGACAUAUGAUAACGCGUUUGGAAAAGCGAAUGGCCUUUGCCAACUACUCUAUAGAAAGGUGCUACUUACUCCAUCAAAUCGGCAGCACUCAUCUGAAAACGAACCGCUUUGACGAAUGUUGUUUCGCAGCUAGAAAGGCAAUCGAAGAAUCAAAGAAUUGCAACAGUUACCUAUGGAACUUCCUCAGUCAUAUACUGAUUACCAAAGCACACGCUGCAUUGCAUAAGGUCGAACGGACUAAGGAGGUUCUGGCCAAGGCCCAUGAGAUUGCCCUUAAACUGGGCUCCCUGCGCAUCGUUCACUUUGUGGAGAUGUGCAUAGCCUGCAACGAAGAGGAGUACAUCAUGAAGAAGGCUAGUCUGAGUGCAAACGCCAGUCGGCGCGAGAGUAGGGUCUCAGUGCGAAGCUCCAGAUCUGAAAGCUCUAUCAUCUGAUAAUCCUAAUCGGAAUGCAACAUAAAAAUCCCAAUUUUAAAAUGUAUAUCUUGGAAAAUUGAUUUUCAGGCACUCCAAAUUGAUUGUUUAUCACUAAAUACAUAUACCCAGAAUAUAA